AUGUCUACCAGCCGUGAAGAUUCCGUAUAUUUAGCCAAAUUAGCUGAACAAGCUGAACGUUACGAAGAAAUGGUCGAAAGUAUGAAGGACGUCGCAUCUUCAGGCCAAGAACUAUCUGUGGAAGAACGUAAUUUACUUUCUGUCGCUUAUAAGAACGUUAUUGGUGCUCGUCGUGCCUCUUGGAGAAUCGUUUCCUCCAUUGAACAAAAGGAAGAAUCAAAGGAAAAAUCCGAACAUCAAGUCGAAUUGAUUCGUUCUUACCGUUCCAAAAUUGAAACUGAAUUAACUAAGAUUUCUGAUGAUAUCCUAACCGUCUUGGAUUCUCAUUUAAUUCCUUCCGCUACCACCGGUGAAUCUAAAGUCUUUUAUUACAAGAUGAAGGGUGAUUACCAUCGUUAUUUGGCUGAAUUCUCUAGCGGUGACGUUAGAGAUAAAGCUACAAACGCCUCUUUGGAAGCUUACAAGACAGCUUCUGAAAUUGCUACCACCGAGCUACCUCCAACUCAUCCAAUCCGUUUAGGUUUGGCUUUGAAUUUCUCCGUCUUUUACUACGAAAUUCAAAACUCUCCUGAUAAAGCUUGUCAUUUGGCAAAGCAAGCAUUCGAUGAUGCUAUCGCCGAAUUAGAUACUUUAUCUGAAGAAUCUUACAAGGAUAGUACUUUGAUUAUGCAAUUAUUGAGAGAUAAUUUGACCUUGUGGACUUCUGAUAUGUCUGAAACUGCUCAAGAAGAGUCUCAACAACAAGCUGCUCCUGCCGCUGCUGCUCCAGCUCAAGAUGCUCCAGCUGCUGCUGCUGAAGGUGAAGCUCCAAAAUAA